GCUAUCGAUCCUUCGCUGCUGUCGGCUCUGAAGACAGCUUGUCCUUAUCUGGGCGGGACCUUCGAGUCCUCGUCAUCCAAUCGCCUUCUAGCCACCUCGCAUGACCCACCCCGCCUCCUCUUUGCCAAGUGCACGACCCCUGUCGCACAGGUGCUAGGGGAAGCAGCUUCUCUCUCCGCAAUGGACAAGGCUUGCUCUGCUGCCGGUCUAGACGUAGAUAGGGGCGAAGGGCUGGUGCCAAAGGUGCACACCUACGGCAAGACCGAAGAUGGGAGUAAAGCCUACCUCUGCACGGACUAUCUCGACUUUUCUGGUUCCCUCUCGUCUUCUGCCCAAAGGACACUGGGUAAAAAGCUCGCACUGAUGCACUCGCAUGGUACGAGCCCCAAUGGCAAGUUUGGCUUCGAUGUGCCCACACACUGUGGAGAUACGGAGCAGGAUAAUACUUGGACGGAGAGCUGGUCGGACUUUUGGGCCAAUAGGAGGAUAGGCGAGAUGGUCAAGCGCAUCAACUCCAGCUACGGUGGAGAUUCCAAGUUGACUGAGCUGGAGAAGGAGAUGAGAGAGCACGUGUACCCACUGCUGUUGGAUACGCUCAAGGACAUCAAGCCGGCCAUUCUGCAUGGGGAUCUCUGGAGCGGAAAUGCGGGUCAGGCAUCCAAGACGGGCGAGCCGGUCAUCUUUGACCCC